CGUAUGUCAACCAAAAACAAAACAACAACAAUUCCGUGCUGUGUUCCUAAUUGUUGUUUUUAAGAGUAGUAUAAAAUAAGAAUAUAAAUAAGAAAAAUUGAAUAGAGCUAUGUUCUCGCCUACCCAAUGCCGGAUGUGCUUGAUAGAGUAUGGCGAUGCCGGAUUAGAAUCAAUGUUGGUAUCCUGGAACGAUUCGAUGAACUUGUGGACGAUGUACGAUUACAUCAUGAAUGUCGGUGAAAUGUUUGAUUUGGUCAACGUUCCUCACAUUUGCAAGAAAUGUAAAGAAGACUUGGUAUCGGCUUACACUUUCAAAGUGAUGUGCACGGAAACCGAAAAGACUCUCACUGGAAUUGUUGCAAUUUGCCAAACUGACAAAGUACCCAAAACUGAAUAUGUCGUGUAUGAUAGUGAAGACAAUGUCGUGAAGUACGCAGACAAUUAUCUUGGAGAUAACAUAGAAAUAUGCGAAGAAAUUGAAGGCGAUGAGGAUGUAUUUGACGAUAAUGAAGAAGUAUGUAAAGACAAUUCCAUUGAGGGCAUAGUGGAAACAAAUGAUGUUGAAUUUCAAGACAGAAGUGACAACCAGACUGAUAAAAGGUAUGCGCGAGUUGAGACCGUACAAGAGAUUGACGGACAACGUAUCACAUCGAAAGUGUUCAGUCGUAAAUGCAAAAAGUGCAACAUAAAAUUCGAAAGUCUGCAUGAGUAUACGGUCCAUUACCGACAGUUGCAUCAGAGGGCAUACAAUCGUAAACUACACAAAUCAAAUGCUCGUAACUGUCCGUCAUGUAACAUCCAAUUUGAAAAUGUGAAACUAUAUCAAGUUCAUUAUCGACGAUUUCACAAGCGGCAACAAGCGGACAAAGAUGCCCAAUCGAGUAGCAAACAAUCAAGAGUAGUGUGCUCAUAUUGCGGUCAAUUGUUCUCUAAAUCAUUCAUUGUGAAGCAUAUUCGGAGCAAACAUUCGGGCGAAGAGAAUAGGCGAUACGAAUGCACGACUUGUGGAAAAAGGUUUACGCUUUGCGAAAAUUUGGUGAUGCACAAAAGGAUCCACUCAAAUGAUAAAAGGUUUGAAUGCGACGUUUGUGGAGAGAAGUUCUUGCAUUGGGCCUCCCGAAGAAAUCACAUUCGAUCCAAGCACACCGGCGGCGAAAAGAACUACGAGUGCCACUUAUGCGGACAAAAAUUCGCUCAUAGUGGUAGCUUGCAUCAACACAUGCAGCGGCACAGAAAUGAAUUACCUCAUUCUUGCAGUACUUGUGCGAAAGGAUUCGUAACCAAAGAGGAGCUCAAGAAUCAUCAGAUCGUACACACAAAGGUGAAGAACGAAGUUUGCGAUGUAUGCUCCAAAUGUUUCGGAACGCGGAAAAAUCUGAGAGCACAUUUGAAGAUCCAUUCGGAACGAGAACGAAAAUACGUUUGCACGGUCUGUGACAAGCGGUUUGCGCAAGCACAUGUUCUGAGGACUCAUUUGAAAACACAUCCCAGCGCUGAAAUGCCAGAAAAUGUCACAUUGCUAGAAAAUGCUUUGGGUUAAAAAUAUACAGAAUUUUGCAGAAAUUGAGAAUUAAAUUGUACGUUUGAUC